UAGAGUACGCAAGGGGAAAAAUUGCCUUUACGACGGUUUUGUCAUUUUCAAAAAAAUGCCUCAUUCUCUGAAUUUCCCCAGCCAGGCAAGGUUGUUAUAAAUGGUAGGUAGGGAAGGCAGAGUGUGGCAAUAAAGGGGUUAAUCCACGGAGCACAGAGCCAUCUGGCUGAGCUGGUUUGUUAUAAUCGAGCAGAUUAUGUUCACGGGACUCAGAGUUUAAGGCUCCUCUCCCAUAGAGCAACUCUGCACAACCCAAGCAGACCAACUUUGGGACUUUGAAUGAACGUAUUUACAUCCACCUUUCUCUUCAUGUCGACUUUUCUGGAAACAUUCACACGGAUGCCAUGGUUACUCCUACCACGAUCUUACAGGUGAACAAGGUGAUGUCCAUCUUGUUUUAUGUGAUAUUUCUCGCUUACCUUCGUGGCAUCCAGUCUUCCAACAUGGAUCAAAGGAGUUUGCCAGAAGAUUCAAUAAAUUCUCUUAUUAUUAAACUCAUUCAGGCAGACAUUUUAAAAAACAAGCUUUCUAAGCAGAUGGUAGACAUUAAGGAAAACUAUCAAAACACGGUGCAGAAAACAGACACUCAGCAAGACAUGGAUGGGGAGGAAAAUGUGAAAUCAGACUUCCAGCCAGUUAUCUCAGUGGAUACAGAUCUCUUGAGGCAGCAGAGACGCUACAACUCUCCCCGAGUCCUCCUGAGUGACAACACGCCGCUGGAGCCGCCGCCGCUGUACCUCAUGGAGGAUUACAUCGGGAAUUCCGUGGUGCUGAACAGAACCUCCCGGCGGAAGAGGUACGCGGAGCACCGGGGCCACCGGGGGGAAUACUCCGUUUGUGACAGUGAAAGUUUGUGGGUCACGGACAAAUCCUCCGCCAUCGACAUUAGGGGACACCAGGUGACUGUUCUGGGAGAAAUUAAAACGGGCAACUCUCCGGUUAAGCAAUACUUUUACGAAACGAGGUGUAAAGAGGCCAAGCCUGUAAAAAACGGCUGCCGCGGCAUCGAUGACAAGCACUGGAACUCCCAAUGCAAGACAUCCCAAACUUACGUCAGAGCACUGACUUCAGAAAACAACAAACUGGUGGGCUGGAGGUGGAUAAGGAUAGACACCUCCUGCGUGUGCGCCUUGUCCAGGAAAAUAGGAAGAACAUAGAUCUGCAUCUCUUUGCUAUAUAAAUUAUUACUUUAAAUUAUAUGAUAUGCAUGUAGCAUAUAAAUGUUUAUAUUGUUUUAUAUAUAUUAUAAGUUGACCUUAUUUAUUAAACUUCAGCAAAUCUACAGUAUAUAAGCUUUCUCUCUCAAUAAACAAGAGCAAAGGGUGUGUGCCUCUGCCGUGGCCAAUUCCGGGGUUUUUUAAGACUAUGUUUGUGACACUGCUUGUCGGCAGCAUACCGUAACCUUCCUGUAAAAUCUGUAAAAUCAGUAUUUUUCAUUCAGUAUUGUCAAACCAGUGACUGUCAUUUAGUAAACUUGUUAAAAAUCAGAUCAAUGCCAAGACUUGUGUACAUAUUUAUAUUCCCUGCUCUAUACGUUCAUAUUUAAUUGGAUCUGCAGCAUUGACUCCUCACCACCAAAAAAAUCCCCAAAAAAUCAAGGACCAAAAUAGAUGUUGUAGCCUGAAGACAAAGUCAAAUUUACGGGCAUCAGGUAAAUAAAGUUUCUGUGUAUUAUGCCAGUUUUGCCGGUGACAUGACCAUUUCCCCUAUGUUAGCAUUUCAGAAUGGCUGCUAGUAAUCCAGGAACAUCCAUUUGUGUUUUGGAAGCACAUUUGUUUUGCAACUGUUUCUAAUGUUGCCAGUGCAUCAUUGAAAAAAUAUGAAAAAAAUCUGAAAUAUUUGUAGCCGAAACUUGCUGAAGCCAAGAACUGAUCUAAAUGGAUCAUUAAUGUAAUACAUAAAAUAUGGUUUGUUGUGAUCAGCCUCUUCCUCCUCACAUGAAUCAAUUCUCUUCUGCUUGCAUUGUUGGAUCAUUUGUCUCUGUCUGAGUUUUUAAAUUAGAAACAAAGCUGGUGGUGUUUUAACCUUAAAAGAGCCCUUGGCUUGCAAAUUGUAGUAAAGAUAUCCUGGCAUGGAUAUCAAAGCCACACGCCCCUACGAAGGUUUCCUUCUUCUCAGCAAUCCAUUCUCCAUCUUUCAUAGGGGGAAAAAUGUGUUGAACUGCUCGAGAGACCUGGUAGCUUUCACAGGAAUGUGAAAUGGAUGGUGGCUAAAAUCCAUGAAGUCUGUGGUUAUACUGAAGUUCCCUAAUUAAACAUAUGAGUUGUUGCUCAGGACAGACAAAUGUGCUAGCGUGUACUUACCUCAGGCUCUUCUUUGGAUUGUCAUGUAGCUCCACUGG